CUCAUAGAAUCUGGCGAGAAUACAGUGCCAGUAUCAGUCCGCAAAAUUUAAUAUAAACAAUGCUGUGAGUGUGAGUGAGAGAGAGGUGCAACAAGAUGGACAAAGUCGGUGUCGAGGUAAAUGGGAAUAUGUUCGUGGAGAGAGCUUGGACAAUUCGAAACAUGGGACGAGGGGGAACAUUCCAUUGGCCAAACGUUCAAGUGGCGGUUGCGUUGCGUUGCCUCCCCCUGCAUCUGUGCGCUCUUCUCCUUUCCUUUUUGGGGUCCUGGGCCGUGGGGCUGGACUGGAUUGCUCUGGUGGGGUUCUUGGAAAGUUCUACGAUAAACACAUUAAUGCCACCUGGAAUUUGUUCAUUCUCUCAUGACUUAGCAACAUCUAAAAUUAUUGUUGGAUCCCAAGAUUGGUUACCUAACCAAAUCUAAUUCUCUUUCGUGGUCAACUAAACAGAUCCGGAGUGGGAAAACGUCCAUUACAUACUCAGGGAACGAUCGGCCGAGAAUCACAUGUGUCAUCGAUUAGAUCAGUCUGCAGCUCCAUAA